AUGAAACUCGCAGUUGCUGUAUUGUCAUCAAUCCUGCUUGCUUGCUCGGUUACUAUUGCCAAUCCAGUUGAUCCCAGUGCAACUACAAGCACCGAGUCUAUCACCUCGCCAACUCAUAAUCCAAACGGUAUAGGUUUAGGUGGUCUUGAUCCAAUUCCAAACAUCAUCAAGGAUUUGCUCAAGGAGUACAUAGAGCUAGAGCAUGGUCGUGAUGAACAAGAAAAACUAUAUGGCUCGUUAAAACCUCAAUAUGACCAUCAACAUAAACUGGUAAAGCGCUUGAAAAAAAAGAUUCAAGUUUUGGGAUAUAUAUCUCAAGCAAGCGGUGACGGUCCAGAAUAUAAUGGUGAAAUUCGGAAGAAUAAGCUUGAUUUUGAAAUCCAAAAAUCCAAACUUGCCAAUCUUAAAAAAAGUCUUCAAGGCUGCGAGUCCAAAAGCUACCUUGAAAAACAAUCAUUAAAAUACAACAAGAGUCUUGGUCGAAAACCUAGUGAUCAGCAACAGCGCAGAAAACCUAGUGAUCAGCAAAGUCAAGAUUCACAACCAUCACCGGAUACACCAUCUGGAUCUGUAUCUGGAUACUUUGAACAAAGAGUUCCUUCCAAUAAACGGAAAGGUUUUUCCAAGUUUAUGAAUGGAUUGAAAUCACUCUUUCAGCGAUCCAAAAAUGACGAUUCAUCCAAUUGA